CCCUCACUCAAUCGUGAUUCCCCAUAACUUUAUGGUCGUCGUUUCCUUCAACCGGACAUGACCAUCUUGAAUGAGCAAGUACGACUUUCUUCAAAAAGUCGUUGUCUCCCAAUGUGAUUGGAACUUCUCAUCCAGCCAAUUUCUAUUCUCUCCCCUGUUUAAAUCUUCAACAUCCCAUCUACACAUAUGUUCACUCCAAAAUUUGUCAAUUUGAUGUUGUUCUAGCCAACCUCAAUCAAUCCAAUCUCUCAGUCUUCUAAUCAGAUCGAAGUCACCAACAUAGUCGAAUAAGGUUCAUGCGUAACGCCCUAACGGUCUAUUCUACAGUCUAUCUACGUUCAAGUUACUACGCCCACAAAUUCCUCACUAUAAUCAACGUUCCUGUAUUUCACUCACUUCUAUACAACGUCUCAAUUCCCUUUCUGCUACUUCUUUAGCCAACCCCUGCACAUCUUCUUGAAUUGAGUUAAUUUAAGACUCUUUGAAAUAUCAUGUCCCAAACUAGAUCCUUAGCCACAAUCAAGAAAUGGGUAAAAGUAAGCGCAAGACACGGGCCGUGCCUGUGAAAGGCGGUUGGGAUGCAUUACCACAUAAUAUGGGUGUUCUUAAAAGGUCUACAGCAAACCAAGCACUUCCUGCCGUGGAAUCGCCGUUCGUCGUCGAUGCCGUCCCCAUUGUCGAACCUUCCGCAAUCGCCGGCCUCGCACCUACUCAUGACGGCCAAGGAGAAAUCACCAAGCCUGCCCAGAAUAUCCUAGCUGGGAUCCAGGCAGUACAUCUCAAUGUCGCUGAGGAUGUUCCAGCGCAAAGAACCAGAUCCAAGACAAUUAUCAAAAUCAAAGUUCCUAACUCGGUUCGUUCGGAUAGGGCCUCGGAAACCAAUGCAGACCUCCAAUUUAAAGUCGAGGCUACUCAAGAGCAAUCUAAGCCAACCAACAUUGAAAUAGACAUUGUGCAGAAUAGUGGCCGGCAAUUGCGCCCGCGAAAGCCCAAGUUAAAUCCGACAACGCCUAUUUUGGUGGAGGCACAGAGUAUCGAUGUGCUAAGCGACAAAGCUUCACCAACGAAGCGAAAGCGCCAAACAAAUGCCACUUUUCAAGAAGAUGAUCAAACUCACGAUGAUCAAACUCCUGAGCCCAGCCCAAAGAAAACGAAGAAGACUCACAAAAAGGGCUUAAUGCCAGGCGUAACUCCCUUUCCAGAAUUUCUAGCACCAAGCGCUAAGCAGUGUGAGGAAGUAUUCAACUUGCUCAGUGAGAUGCAUGGUGACGUGCAAGCUCAGGCACCUGAUGUUAUCCCUGCCCCGUCACUUGAGGUUACAGGAUGUGGAGAAGUUCCUUCUGUCCUCGAUGCGUUGAUGAGGACACUUCUAAGUGGUGCGGUGACCUUUGAGGGCGCAAAUAGGAUGUUGAAUAGCUUGGUUGCGAAGUAUGGUACCCUGGAUGAGGGUGUGGGACAGGGGAGCGUGAAUUGGAACAACGUUAGGUUAGCCCCUCUGGAAGAUGUGGUUGCCACAAUCCACCAAGGUGGUUUGGCAAAUAUCAAGGCCAAGUAUAUCAAGGGUAUCCUCGAUAUGGUGUACCAAGAAAACCUUGAAAGGCGUGAAGCUUACCUUGAAGAGAGAAAAACUGGCAGGGUGGCGAACGUUGUCGGCGCAGCGGAGAAGACGCAAGGCCAGAAAGAUUUCGAAAUACAGAAGACGGAACAGAAUAUCCUUUCGCUCGACCACCUCCACGGCUUAUCAAAAGAUGAAGCUAUGACACAAUUCACGAAGUAUCCUGGGAUUGGCAUCAAAACAUCAGCCUGUGUCACUCUCUUUUGCUUGCAGAAGCCUUGUUUUGCUGUCGAUACGCAUGUCCACCGAUUCUCUCGAUGGCUAGGAUGGGCUCCGCAGAAAGCAAGCGCGGACAAUGUUUUCCACCAUCUCGAAGUUCGAUGUCCAGAUCGCUUUAAGUAUGGGCUCCAUCAACUUUUUAUUCGUCAUGGGCAAACGUGUAAGAAGUGCGCGGCAAACACCAGUGAAGGUACCAGCGACUGGGCAAAAUUCUCGGAGUGUCCUUUAGAGAAGCUUCUUCACCGCUUCGACAAGAAACAGUCAAAGGCAUCGCCGAAGUCGAAGGAUGUGAAGGAGGAGCAAGAUCAAGAGCAAUGUCUAGAGCAGAAUGUUGACCAAACCGGAUUGAUCACAGCUUAAUGUAACUAAUACUCUGAUGUAUCCCCGACUGUUUAGGUAAAUGAUACCUCUAGGGCUCUAUGUUUUGCUCGAGUUAUGAUGUUUAACUAAUGCCAAAGUGAUCACGUCGUCUUUAUAGGUGUUCCUUCAAUUGCUAUUCCGUACCUGCGUGCCCCUUCCGCAGAUUGGGUCGGUACAUGUACUCGCCUGUAUGCGUGUAUGCCUAGGUAGGUACCCUAAUCUAAAGAGGCGGGUGAGUAUCGCGAAACUGGCAAUCUACUUCCCUACAUUGGCGAUGCGCGCGUGAGGUACCUUCUACCUAGCUGCCUAGGAAGAUGCAUUGACCUCUGACCUUCUACUUUUACCCUUGUACAUCAUUUUUUUAGAGAGGAAAUAAAAUCUUCUUUCUCCCAUCCAAUUCCGUAUUCCAACCAAAUGAUGUUGUGGUUGAGUUCUUCUAUUCCUCCUACCCGCACCUCCUAAUCAUUUAUUUCUACCCCUCUAUCCACCCUGUACUCGACCCCUAGGGC